UUUAACAUACAUCGGGAAAGCGUGUUAAUACCUGGUAUUCUCAAAACAACCUAUAGUGAAUGUGUAUAGUGGGUGUCUACCUCGGAUUAAAGAGUCUACACUGGAAUAACGUCAGUACCUCGGAUUAAAGAGUCUACACUGGAAUAACGUCAGUACCUCGGAUUAAAGAGUCUACACUGGAAUAGUGCGUUUACCUGGGAUUAAAGUGUGACAAUAAGGUGUCUAUAUACAUGGAUUAAGACAUUUACACGGGGAUAACGGGUUUUAUGGAGCUGUGCUUAUGUUAGGUGUCUACACGAUUUACAUAUUCCACCAAAGUGUCUAAUCGGAACUAAAUGAUCAAAAACAUUUAGGUGGCUGAUGUAACUAUCGUCGGAGUUACACGUGCCUAUACGUAUAGGUAUCUACAGAGGUGUGUAAAUUGUCUACUCGGGAUUACCUAUCAUUAACAGGUCACUAGUGGCAGGGACUGACCGCGCGUGACGAUGAAGCUGGACAGUUUGACGUUAGAGAUAGUGAUCGUCACAUGUUACACUUUUCUAUCAGGUUACAGAAGUCAAAGUACUGCCAGGAGGUCACCACAAUGUUCUAACCAGGGCGAAUUGGUAAAAGGUCUGUGUGCCUGCUUUCCAGGAUACAGCGGUUACGACUGCAGUAAACUCGACCCAUCACUUGAGUUAUCCUGUAUCAAUCCCCAUACGUCGGUAGAGAUGGUAUGUUCCGGACGCGGUCAGUGUGUGGGUGGGCGGUGUGAAUGCGCCCGACGACGAUCUAGACGCCCGGACAAAUUCAGCGGGGAGUACUGCGAGUGUGACGACUACACCUGUCCCUUCUACAUGGGUCAGAUGUGUGGAGGCAAUGCUCGAGGGAGAUGCAGGUGUGGGGAGUGUCAGUGUGGUCCUGACUACACGGGCAAGGCCUGUGGCUGUAGCAGCAUCACGGAGGGAUGUAUAGCCUCUGAUGGAAGCCUGUGUAACAACCAGGGAUCAUGUGUGUGUGGUUAUUGCCAGUGUGACAAAGACAGUGUUUACAGGGGCGUGACCUGUGAGGAGAACCCGUCUAAUGCCUGUCAGGACCUGAAGCAGUGUAUCCAAUGCCGUGUGUUCGGGAGCGGUCCACUGUCCAAGGCCGACUGCGCUAACGAUCGUGUGUGCUCCAACCUUCGGAUACACUCAGUGGAAAAAUUCAUAGAAUCUCGAUCAGAGUAUAUAUGUGAAUUCAAAGACGAGGAUGACUGUUUAUUUCGCUUUGGCUAUUCCUAUGAACAAACUGGAACCAAGUUAGUUCAGGCGUGGACCAUCAAACAGUGUGGGCGGCCUGAGUAUACCGAAGUAGAGGAGGAAUCGAGUCCGAAAGUUAACCCUGUACAGAGCGAUGCACCCACUGGUUUUCAGGAAGAAGGAGACACGGCCGAUACUAAUGGCGGCAUUGUACAUUCGUUCAGCCUCUUUACGACUGUCGGAACCGUUCUUCUUGUACUACUCCAACUCUCGUGAUAUUGAUUAGAUAUGUAAUUGUUCUGCUUGAAUGAGCAGACUUCGGACAUGCUCCUUUCAAAUCAAUGGUGAGGCGGCUGUCGAGGGAAACAUCUACGGGUGAUUUUAGGACCAGGGACCGAGUUGAAUGUAGUCUGAUUUAUACAUAACAUAACUUGGUACUUAUUAAGUGCGAUUUGAAGACACACAAAAAUUCUAAAAGAAGACAAAUUAGGCGAGUUUACUUUAUCACAGUCCUGAGUUAUAUCUAGGAUCUGUGUCCCAGAAGUCGCGAUGUCUGUUUUAUAUUCGGAUGUGUAAUUUAAUUAUAACGGUUUUCGCCACCAUACAUUCAAUAACUUGAAGGCGGCCACCACGUGUUUUAUUAUUCAGCGAUGACGCAAAGUGUGAUUACCAUGGUUAUCUAUUUGUUGUGUGACACACUACACAUAUUGCUGGAACGUGUGUGACGCAUUACACAUGACGCCCAACAAAAUAUUGUGACGUACAACACUGUUUUUCAUAAUCAUGAAUGUACCUAGUUGGCCAACAGACCAUUGGCUUGUGACGUACGGUUUUAGUUGGCGUAAACCAUAUUCUUUUUAUCGACGUAACAUCAUUGAAUUGUUAUGUUAAGAAUUAGAUGUCUUUGAUCCAUGACGUCUUCCACAUCUCAUGGGAGCGUUUAUAAGCCUUGUGUAUUUGAAAAACUCUCUUGAAUGUGACUUUUGCUCACAUAGAUUCCGAGUGUCAUCGAUUUACCCAUCGUCGGAAACCCUCGAGACUUUCCACACGGUAUCAUUGAUCAUGCAUUAUAUUGUUAUUAUAUUGUGGUUUGGUACUAUGUUUCAUACAUCUCAUCUGUGGUAAAAUUCUAAAGGUAGUAUGUGUGUCGAUAGACGCGCUACACAUUACAUUAUAAUAUAGAUAUCUUCAGGACUAGUUUUCUAGUAAUUUUGAGGCCAGUUGUGUACAAUGACGCCGACGUAUGUUAUUAUCAAUGUUUGGUGGGUUUUACAUCACAUAUGAGUGUUGUGGUACCAAACUGUGACAGCAUACUGUUAUUACAUAUUCCUUUAAGCACAUGUCUUAAUAUUUUCGACCUUUAUAAAAAACAAAAACAAAAAACAAAAAAACAACAACAUGAAAAUCAAAUUUGACAAUGCUCCUGACAGGAAACUUUAACAUCCAGAGCACUAAAAAGGUUUUAAUAUAUAUGUAUUCUUUCUUCAGACGAUAACAGCUAUUAAGAUAGUUUAAAUGUAACCCUCAUGACCUUGACAGUUUUCCUUUCAAGGUCGUGUUGACACAACGCCUUAGCGCAAUCUGACGUAAUGUCUUGUAGCGCUUCUAUAAAUUAUAUUCCCCCUACAUUCCUCUGUCUUUCGACAUUUAAUAAAUCAAUGCAGUGUACGUGACUUCUGUCAGUGACCAUUAAAGUCAAACUUACUCCCGGCUAUAGAUUUUGUGAAAUAUCUAUUGUGUUACAGUAGUAGAUGUGACUUCCGUCUACAGUGUUACUGGAGUAGACGUGACUUCCGUCUACAGUGUUACUGGAGUAGACGUGACUUCCGUCUACAGUGUUACUGGAGUAGACGUGACUUCCGUCUACAGUGUUACAGUAGUAGAUGUGACUUCCGUCUACAGUGUUACUGGAGUAGAUGUGACUUCCGUCUACAGUGUUACUGGAGUAGAUGUUACUUCCGUCUACAGUAUCACUGAGGUAGACGUGACUUCCGUCUACAGCGUUACAGUAGUAGAUGUGACUUCCGUCUACAGUGUUACAGUAUAGUAGACGUGACUUCCGUCUACAGUGUUACUGGAGUAGAUGUGACUUCCGUCUACAGUGUUACAGUAAUAGAUGUGACUUCCGUCUACAGUGUUACUGGAGUAGAUGUGACUUCCGUCUACAGUGUUACAGUAGUAGAUGUGACUUCCGUCUACAGUGUUACAUUAGUAGACGUGACUUCCGUCUACAGCGUUACAGUAGUAGAUGUGACUUCCGUCUACAGUGUUACAGUAUAGUAGACGUGACUUCCGUCUACAGCGUUACAGUAGUAGAUGUGACUUCCGUCUACAGUAUCACUGAAGUAGAUGUUACUUCCGUCUACAGUAUCACUGAGGUAGAUGUGACUUCCGUCUACAGUAUCACUGAAGUAGAUGUGACUUCCGUCUACAGUGUCACUGAAUUAAAUGCGUGUUCUUUACAUAGUGCCUUUUUUAAUUAUAUAUUCAUAUUUAUACCAAUAAAAUCUAUUAUUAACAUUAUUUUCACAUCAGCUACGAAAUGAAGAACAUUUUGGGAUCUACUUCGUGGUAUGUGCUGGCAGUGCGCUACCUGUACCAAGUAUGUGUUUAAUACGUGUAUAGGAGAGGUACACCCAGACGAUCUGUCUAAUGGACUAAUUCAAAACUUACGUAAACACUCCGUAUCGCAAAGCAGUUGAGAAAGGCAUGGUGUUCUGUUGAAAUCGACUUAGUACGUAACAUCAGGGUAAAAUCUGAAUUCGAAAAACCUAUCCCAAAUGUAUUCCAAAUGUCCGUCUCUGUUAUUCUAUGCCCCAUUAAAAGUGUGCUACAUUGACAGAAUCAGCUAAUUUCUUAUGGUUCUCCGUCUAUUUCAAGGUCGAAAAGUAAAAUCUCCAUAUAGGAUAGAUUCCCCAUGUAUAUGAUGCUCCCCUAUGAUAUUCCCCGUACAAUGUUUACCGUAGGAUAUUUCCCAUAACAUAUCGAUUUCCCUUUUAGGGCUCACACAACUAAAUAAUUUACGUUACGUUAUUACUAAAUAUUUCAGCUUAUAACUUAAAAUAAGAGAUGCAUACCUUGCAAAGGCUACACAUUUUUUGACGGGUUUAAUGGAAUAUUUCAAGUGUCACUGCCUCCUGAAGUUGACAACCGGAAGUUUAAAUAAAAAAAUCGGUGACCCAAAACAACUGACCCCCGAGUUUUUGCCCCUUCUAAAUUUCCACACAGGCAUGCAAUUAUUUCAAAGGCAUAACUUUUUCAGAAUCUAAGUACCUGUACAUUCCAUUCUCAUUAAAAUUCCUCUUUGGCUCAGUAACUAAGAAGAACUCAUUUUAGAUGGGAAUUACAAUCAGACGAAACACUUGGUGAUGGCUGAUUUAGUUGUGCGAGUCCUAUAAACACUCCCGAACACGUCACUAAUUAGUUGGAUACCAAUCUCACGGUUUCCUCUAUGUGGUUUAAAAUGUUGUAAAUCUAUUGUUUAUAUUUAAUUAUUGUAUUGUUUAAAUGUUUAAUUCUCGUGUUUUCAGAGUUGUGAUAGUAGUUAUACCGUCAGGAUAUUGAUGACGUCACAAAACGUUGUAUUAUUAAUAAUCGUUUACUCGUCAGGUAACUGUAUAUUGUGCUGUUUUGCUAUUGUAUAAAGUCUUUUAAUACAUUUUUAUUAAGUUUUGUAUAAUGAUGUAUAUUUAAAUGGGAAACCAUUGUAACCUCGCCAUAAUAAGUAAUCACAUCACCUUGUACAUAUCCAACACACAUGUAUUUUAAUCGCCAGUAUAAACAUUAGCCAUUUCGUAUUUGUGCAGUUGUUGAGCACAUCUGUUUUCAAUUAUUUACUUAAAUCUUCUAUCCUUUUUGCAAUGCACUACAAAUUAAAUGUUGUGCGUGUGUGUUUGUGCUGCCUGGAGAACGUGCUUCACCUUCCAGCCUGGAUAACUUAACUACAGGUACCAGUAUUGUUUCAUUCACAAUCCGUGGAUUUUAUAAAUCAUGAAACACUUUUCCCCUCUGUUAAUAUUCAAUCGACUCUAGAAUGGGAAUCAUAUUUAAAAGCGCCACUGAUGGCAUCUCUGUAUGGGAGAAGUAUUAUUGUUUUGAUGUUGAUGAGGUUAGUUAAUUGGUUAGAGAGUACGUUUCCUGUUCCGUUGCCAGUCAACUAGCCUGUCUGACGGUAACGCCCCCUAAUCCCCAGAGAUGAGGGGAUCACUUGUAAGUAUGUGUAAGUGUCUAAAGUAUUAAAUGGUUUACAUUUGUAUAUAAUUGUAAAUAGUAUGUGUAUGUAAUUAAAGAGCCUCGUUCUGCUUCCCUGUGUAAAGCACCUUCGGCUCUGUCUGCUCCUAGCUGGCCCUGUAGUGGUUAUACGAUAUGGAAAUUGUAUGCAAUAAAUGUGCGAAAACUG